AUGGCUUCAGUAACAGAUGCCAGAUACAGGCAGAAAGAUACUUCAGAUCAAAAUUUUGAUUAUAUGUUCAAACUCCUGAUCAUUGGCAACAGCAGCGUGGGUAAAACAUCCUUCCUCUUCAGAUACGCCGAUGACACUUUCACACCAGCUUUCGUUAGCACAGUAGGAAUUGACUUCAAAGUGAAAACAGUUUAUAGGAAUGACAAGCGGGUGAAACUGCAGAUUUGGGAUACAGCUGGACAAGAAAGAUACAGGACCAUCACUACUGCCUACUACCGAGGAGCCAUGGGCUUCAUCCUCAUGUAUGACAUCACCAGCGAAGACUCUUUCAAUGCAGUGCAGGACUGGGCCACACAAAUCAAGACCUACUCCUGGGACAAUGCGCAAGUGAUCCUGGUCGGAAACAAAUGUGACAUGGAGGAUGAAAGAAUUGUUCCUGUGGAGAAGGGGAAACUUCUGGCAGAUCAGCUAGGUUUUGACUAUUUUGAAGCUAGUGCCAAAGAAAACAUCAACGUAAGGCAGGUGUUUGAGCGUCUCGUGGAUAUAAUCUGUGAAAAGAUGUCGGAAAGUAUAGAAUCAGACCCUUCCAGGGGUGCUUCUGGAAGGAGCAUGCGACUCACAGACAACCCACCCCCUUCGCAGCAGAACUGCUCGUGCUAGUGACCUUUCUCGCUGAGAAAUGUCCUUCUCCUUUCCUGACUAAAUUUUAUCUUUUCAUUUGUGGUGGUGCAUUAUCAUGUAGUCCAAAGGCAGAAGUCUCUGUUGUAGGCAAUGGGUAUGUUUGUUUAAUGUGCUGGAGUGAUAAUAUUAUGUAUUUCCUCAUCCAAUAAUUUAAAAAACAAAAAUCUGAAUAAAUAUUGUAAGUGCACCUAGUGUUAAUGUGAGUUACCCUGAAGAAAAAUAAUUGUAUAGUGUUGCAAAUGU